AUGCCGGGCCGUCUACUUGCCAGCUUCGUCCGGGGCUCUGGUUCCCACCACUCCUCGGUUUCCACAACCCCCAUUCACUCUAAUUCCUCAUCCACCACCUCAGUCAACGAAAUCAUGCAUUUCGGCCCAAAGAAGACUCACGGUGCUUCUGACCGGGCUCGCUCGCCGGAACGCCGCCUCUCUUUUCACAUGGAUCACUUGAUUCACCCGCACCGAGAUCACAGCAAGGACAAGCGCCGCAGUCUUGGACGUGCAGGCCGCUCCAAGGAACGCCUUGGCAAGGAAGACCUCGCUCAGCCCUCGGCCAAGUUGGAUGUCCUGGUGGAGUCUCCUCCCUUGGUCUGCUAUGGCACCCCCAGCAACUCCACCGGUGCCUUGUUCUCUGGUCGUCUGCGUGUGACCAUUCCGGAGUCCGCUGGAGAAGUCGUCUUCAACGAGUUCAACGUGCGCCUCAUCUCCAAAAAUACCACCAAGAAGCCCGUCUCAUCUCACUGUGCCAGUUGCGCCACUCGUACCGAAGAGCUUACUCGCUGGGACUUCCUUACGGAGCCCUUGCACCUGAAGCCCGGUGAUCAUGACUUCCCCUUCAGCUAUCUCUUCCCGGGUCAUCUUCCUGCCUCCUGCAACGGCGCGCUGGGCCAGAUUGAAUACUACUUGCAGGCGCAUGCGCACAGCACCACAGACGAGGACUUUAACCUGAAGUUGCCUCUCAACCUUCGCCGCGCCCUCAUCCCCGGGAACGACAAGUCCUCCAUCCGGAUCUUCCCUCCUACCAACCUGACCGGCCGCGUCGUGCUUCCCUCCGUCGUUCACCCUAUCGGCAGCUUCCCCGUCGAGAUGACCCUGAGUGGCGUGGUGGACAAGAAUGAAGAGACCCAGACCCGCUGGCGUCUUCGCAAGAUGAUGUGGCGCAUUGAGGAGCACCAGAAGAUCGUCUCCACCGCCUGCCAAAAACACGCCCACAAGAUCGGUGGUGAGAACAAGGGUGUUCUCCACCAGGAGACCCGUAUCAUUGGCCACAACGAAGAGAAGAGCGGCUGGAAGACCGACUUUGACACCGCCGGUGGUGAGAUUGCCAUGCAAUUCGAUGCGAGCAUCAACCCCACGACCAACCCUGUCUGCGACAUGGACGCCCCAAACGGCCUGGAGGUCAAGCACAACCUCGUCAUCGAGCUCAUUGUCGCGGAGGAAUUUUGCCCUAACCGCAACACCCGUCUCAUCACCCCGACAGGUGCUGCCCGAGUGUUGCGCAUGCAGUUCAACCUUCACGUCACCGAGCGCAGUGGCUUGGGCAUCAGUUGGGACGAGGAGAUGCCUCCAGUCUACGAGGCUGUUCCUGCCAGCCCUCCGGGCUACUUCAAGUUGGACGACAACGACACUCGCAGUGUUAUGGAAGAUUAUCGAGGAUCACCCCUCCCAUUGCCUGAUUACGACGAGUUGGAGCGUAUGGAGUCCCUCCGCCUGGACAGUGACUCCACUCACUCUUCUGCCCACUCGGCCGGCAAUCGAGGUCGCCUGCGUCUCACCAUUGACGACCUUGUGACUGAACAAACCCCGCCACCCUCCGAGCCCGUCUCGCGUGUUCCGUCACGCUCUCCUUCGGUCGACAGCUCUCGCCUCUAA